AUGCUAUCGCAAAAGAAUUCAGAGAAGGACUUUGCCGCCCUCGAUGCGGUACCUGUUUCUGCGGCGUCUGAGAAUGGCGCCGCGGUACAGGCCUUGAUGGAGGUUCUCCAAGCCUCUCCGGAGUUCCAGAUAGCUGAGGACUUCAGCGAGUACCUCACUUCUCCAAUGGAGGACUCGCCGUGGGGUGAUUUCCUGCAAACCCCAGCACUUGGUUCCACCGACAUCGCCUCCGACUUCUUGACCAGCCCUGCCAUUGUUGACGCAGACAACUUCGAUGACUUCGGCAACACCCCUUCACUUUUUGGCGGCUCGCUGGGGCUGACAGGUGGUGCAGCUCACGAUCAUUACAAGGCAUCAGCCAAAUUGUCGUCGGCGCAUGCUGUGCCUGCCGCGUCCAUCGACUACGAUCAAAUGUACACGAUGCCCUCUCCGCAUACUCCUGCCCUCGAUCCUGCAUCUUUACACUCAUCUCCCCGUGCGGCGUCCACCAACCCUCCAUCGUCUCGUCGACGCAAUGCGCCUACCGGAACUCGCAAAAACGCCACCCCCGACACGCUGAUCCCCGUUGAUGCGCCUAUCCAGUCUCGCAAGUACGUUACACCGUCGGCAACGUCGCGCAAGGACGUACCGGCUGUGUUCGCCAAAAAGCGAGCGCGCUCACAAGCAUUCGGUGAUGAGGACGAAGUCGAUCUCGCAGACCUCCCGCAGUCGGACCUUGACGCGAUCGAGGCUAAGCGGCGUCAAAACACCCUCGCGGCGCGACGCAGUCGGAAGCGCAAGCUCGAGUACCAGCGCGAGCUGGAGGUGGCCCUCGAGCAGGAGCGGGCCGACAAGGAGAUGUGGGUAGCGCGCGCAGCGAUGUACGAAGCGUUGCUGCGCCAGCAUGGUCUUCAAGUACCUCCCUUGUGCAACACGUAA